GGGACAAGGAGCUUCAGGCAUGCCCGGAGGCGGCAACCUCGGCAAGAAGAAAGACGACAAGAAGAAAGACAAGCCCAAGUACGAGCCGCCCGUGGAGGCCAAGUUCGGCAAGAAAAGAAGAAAGGGCCCCGACACCGCGGUCAGGUUGCCCAGCGUGUACCCCACCACGCGGUGCAAGUUGAAGCUCUUGAAGUUGGAGCGCAUCAAAGACCACUUGUUGUUGGAGGAGGAGUUCAUUGCCAACCAGGAGGCGCUCCAGCCCACCGAGGCCAGGCAGGCCGAGGAGCGCGAGAAAAUCGACGAGUUGCGUGGCUACCCGAUGUCCAUCGGCACGUUGGAGGAAAUCAUCGACGACGACCAUGCCAUUGUGUCCAGCACCGCCGGGUCCGAGUACUACGUGACCAUCAUGUCCUUUGUGGACAAGGGUCUCUUGGAGCCCGGCUGCUCCGUGCUCUUGCACCACAAAACCGUGUCUGUGGUGGGUGUCUUGCAGGACGAUGCCGACCCCAUGGUCUCCGUGAUGAAGUUGGACAAGUCGCCGAAGGAGUCCUACGCGGACAUCGGCGGCUUGGAGUCGCAGAUCCAGGAGAUCAAGGAGGCCGUGGAGUUGCCGUUGACGCACCCGGAGUUGUACGAGGAAAUGGGCAUCAAGCCGCCCAAGGGUGUCAUUUUGUACGGCGCGCCCGGCACCGGCAAAACACUCUUGGCCAAGGCCGUGGCCAACCAGACCAGCGCCACGUUCUUGCGCAUUGUGGGCUCCGAGUUGAUCCAGAAAUACCUCGGCGACGGGCCCCGCUUGUGCCGGCAAAUCUUCCAGAUUGCCGGGGACUUGGCGCCGUCCAUUGUGUUCAUAGAUGAGAUCGACGCCAUCGGCAGCAAGCGGUACGAGUCGUCCUCUGGCGGCGAGAGAGAGAUCCAGCGGACCAUGUUGGAGUUGUUGAACCAGCUAGACGGGUUCGACGACAGGGGCGACAUCAAAGUCAUCAUGGCCACCAACAAGAUGGAGUCGUUGGACCCUGCGUUGAUCAGGCCGGGCAGAAUCGACCGCAAGAUCUUGUUCGAGAACCCCGACUCCAACACCAAGAAGAAGAUCUUGAGCAUCCACACAUCCAAGAUGAACUUGUCCAGCGACGUCAACCUAGACGAGCUUGUCACGUCCAAGGACGACUUGUCGGGCGCAGACAUCAAGGCCAUGUGCACGGAGGCUGGUUUGUUGGCGUUGAGAGAGAGACGCAUGCAGGUGAAGGCCGAGGACUUCCGGACUGCCAAGGAACGGGUGCUCAAAAACAAGGUGGAGGAGAACCUCGAGGGGCUUUACUUGUAGAUGCGGUGUGUAUCAUAAUGAAACA